GGUGAGCUAGCUAGAUAUGACGACAAUCUCCAAAUCAUCCCAAUUGUAGGCAUGGGAGGAGUAUAGCGUCGACGAGAUCCUCCUUGGUCUUAUCAAUGACGGAAAAGUAGAAAGACAUGGUGGAAAUUCAGAUGGGCCUGGGGAAAAAUUGCACAAGAAACUCCAUGGCAGAAGAUACUUAAUUGUAAUGGAUGACAUAUGGACUCUUCAAGCUUGGUAUGAUUUAAGGAGGUUCUUUCCGGACAAUGGGAAUGGAAGUCGAAUUAUUGUGACCACUAGGCUAUCACAAGUGGCUGCUUCAUUGGGCUCUCACGACCCAUAUCCGAUGACAUUUCUUGACACAAAUACAAGUUGGAGUUUAUUUUGUCAAACUGUAUUUGGAGAAGAAAAUUGUUCGCAUCCAGAAUUGGAGCAAAUGGGAAGGGGGAUUGUUAGAAAUUGCAGAGGGCUUCCUUUACAAAUUGCUGUUAUUGGAGGACUUCUUGCAAAGUCUGGCAUGACGACAGAAUAUUGGGAAUCAAUUGCUGAAAAUGUAAGUGCCUUUGGCAAUUCAAGUGAUGGCGAGCAUUGUUUGAACAUAUUACUUUUGAGCUAUAAUAAUCUUCCUAUAUAUCUAAAGCCAUGUUUCCUCUAUAUGAAAACUUUCGGUGAAGAUGCUAAUAUUAAGGUCUCCAAGCUUAUCAGAUUGUGGGUUGAUGAAGGUUUCAUAAAGAUAAAAAAUGAUAAACGUUUGGAAGAACUUGGCAAGGAAUACUUAAAAGAUCUUCUCGACAGAAAUCUACUUUUUGUGCGUGAAACAAAUGAAAUCACGGGGGAAUUAGAAAAAUGCGGCAUCCAUGAUCUUUUGCGAGACCUAUGCAUUAGUGUAUCCAAAAAAGAGGACUUUUUGUGCUCUCCAAGAGUAAAAGACAUCAAUAUAAGAUAUUGGGAUGGAGUGUGCUUCCUAUGCGGCGGCUCAGCAGUAGAAGAAGAAAGAAGAAAUCUUCUUGCACUUGAUGUUAUUCCUCCAUCAGCUUCACAAGAAAAUCCCCCGGUUUGUGGUGACUGUAAAGUGACAUAUUCACGUACGAAGGGACUAAGAUUGGUCAUGGCCAUCGAAAAAGUUGGUAUUGCUCAUGAUACACGUGUGCAGCACACUAAAUUACGGUGUGUCCGUGUUAAAUAUGAUUUCUAUCCAAAUUUUAUUGCUCCUUCAAUUCUACAUUUUCUUUGGAACCUGCAGAGUCUGAUAUUCCCACAUUCAUCUUCGGUAGUUUUACCAUCUGAAAUAUGGCAUAUGCCGCAACUUAGAAUUAUUGAAUUCAAGGCCGUUGUGUUGUCGAAGCCUUCUCUUGCUCAUGCGGGAGAGAAAGAUAUCUUCAUUCUGAAGAACCUGCACACCCUUCGCUUUGCAAUGAAUUUUGAGCUCACCGAUGAGAUUCUUGGUGGAAUUCCUAAUCUGAAGGUACUAGGAAUAACGUAUGAUAAGCGUAUGAGAGAGUUGGAUACUUGUUUGUGUAAUCUUGACAGAUUACAGAAACUUGAAACACUAAUUGUCCAAAAUACAUUGCAGAACAUCGGCUUUCCAAAAUCACUCAAAUUCUUGCUUCUGUGGAAAUGCAGAAUUCCUUGGAGUGGUAUGUCAGUGGUUGGUUCAUUGCCUUAUCUCGAAGUUCUUCUGUUGUGCUAUACUGCAGAGGGCUCUGAGUGGAAUCCAACUGAAGGGGAAUUUUUUCGAUUAAAAACAUUGUGGAUUGUUGGUAGUGAUUUAGUAGCUUGGAGAGCUGAUCGAUACCACUAUCCGGUGCUUGAGAUGCUUAGACUCGAAAAACUACCUUCGCUGGAAGAAAUCCCUUCAGGUGUUGGAGAUAUACCGACACUGCGUGAAAUUUAUUUGAAAAAUUGCACUGAGUCUGCUGUGGAUUCGGCAUACCAGAUAUUAGAGGAACAACAGAGUGUGGGAAAUGAUAUACUCGAGGUGGAUGUCUACGAUGAUUCUGAUGAUUCCGAUGAUUAGGAUGUAGAUGAUGACACAGAUGAAGAUGAGGUGUCUGAAGACAAAGAUGAAGAUGAAGACAACGAAUCUGAAGCUGAAGACACAAAGAAAGAUGAAGAUGAAGAUGAUGAAUCUGAAGCUGAAGACAGAGAGGAAGAUGAAGGUAAUGAGUCUGCCUGACUGAUUGCCCUAAGGACAGAAGAAGAAGAAAAAGAUGGUAUGUAUAUAUAUAUCUAAUGUACUUUUGAGGAGUUGUCAUAAUUGUUUUGUGGCUUCUAACUUGCUAAAUCGAUUUCUGCUGGCUUGAAUUUGGUAAAAAGAAUUCAAGUGUUGAAGGAAGAUUUCCAGAAAUUAUUCGGUAAUAUGUAGUCGAAAGCUUUAAAGGUUUUGGCAAUGAGGAGAAAUAUUGCUCGGUACCAUUUGCAAGUGGUACUUCUUUUUUCUCUAAACCAAAGACAUUAUUGUUAUA